UCCCUGAUGAGAUGCGGCUUUCGCUUUCCCUUUCGCAUUCCCUAUUCAUGCCUCACUCCUGCACGGGGAGAGAGGCGCGGGUCCAGGGAAGCGGAGUUUCUCCUUUCCUCCUGUUUCCCAGGCUCCCGUGGUGUCUCCCCGUCCCCUUGGAUCGGGGAUGGCAAAGGCGGGUUCUUUCUUUCGCCUGGAUCCAUGAUGGUGAAGGAGGGGCUGCUGGGGCUUCUGGAGAUGCUGGGGCUACUCGUGAUGCUGAGGAUGCCAAGGAUGCUGGGGAUGCUGAUCAUGCUGAGCACAUCAAGGGCCCAGGGCAACGAACAGGGCAGUCCACCCUUCCCUUGGGAUUCAGUGCGGCUCCCCACACACCUCAUCCCGCUCCAUUACCACCUCCUCAUCCAUCCCAACCUCACCACACUGGCCUUCGCGGGCACUGCUGCCGUCCAGGUGCGGGUCCAACAGGAGACCAACGCUAUCGUCCUGCACAGCAAGCGCCUGCAGAUCACCAGGGCUGUCGAUGCUGAACAAUCCCACUUGGAGCAAGAGGCACGGGUGCUGGAGCACCGGGAGCGCAAGCAGGUGGCAAUCCUUCCUGGUGAGAUGCUACACGCCGGGCAUGACUACGCUAUCACCAUCCACUUCCUUGGGAACCUCUCUGACUCUUUCCACGGCUUCUACAAGAGCACCUACAGGACCCAGGAGGGAGAACUACGGGUACUCGCAGCAACACAGUUCGAACCAACAGCAGCGCGGAUGGCCUUGCCCUGUUUUGAUGAGCCAGCCUUCAAAGCCAGGUUUUCUAUUCGAAUUCAGAGGGAACCGAAGCACCUCGCGCUGUCCAAUAUGCCCAUUGUGAAAUCUGUGAAUCUAAGUCCCUGGCUUGUUGAGGACCAUUUCAACACCACUGUUAAGAUGACUACAUACCUCAUUGCCUUCAUUGUUUCGGACUUCAAAUCCAUCAGCAAAAUAACCAGUCAUGGAGUUAAGAUUUCUGUGUACACAGCGCCAGACAAGAUCAAUCAAGCUGAUUACGCGUUGGAUUCCGCAGUGAAACUCCUAGACUUCUACGAGGAGUAUUUCAGCAUCUGUUAUCCUUUACCUAAACAAGAUUUGGCAGCUAUUCCUGAUUUUCAGAGUGGUGCUAUGGAGAACUGGGGACUGACUAUGUACCAGGAGUCGGCCUUGUUGUAUGACCCUGAAAAGUCCUCGACCUCUUCCAAGCUUUGGAUUACCAUGAUCAUAGCCCAUGAGCUCGCUCAUCAGUGGUUUGGCAACCUUGUUACCAUGGAGUGGUGGAACGAUCUGUGGUUAAAUGAAGGAUUUGCAAAGUUUAUGGAGUUUGUGUCAGUCAGUGCUACACACCCACAGCUGACAGUUGAAGACUGUUUCUUAAGGAGAUGUUUUAAUGUCAUGAAAGUGGAUUCAUUAAAUUCAUCGCAUCCAGUAUCAACUCCUGUGGAAGAUCCAGCCAAGAUUUUGGAAAUGUUUGAUGAAGUUUCCUACAAUAAGGGUUCCUGUAUCUUAAAUAUGCUGAGGGAUUACCUGACUGCCGAUGUGUUCCAAGCUGGGCUUAUGCAUUACCUGCAGAAAUACAGCUACAAGAAUACAAAAAAUGAAGAUUUGUGGAACAGCAUGACAAAUGUUUGCCCUACAGCAGGCAGUGGCAAAAAUGAACCACAAAGUGGUGGUUUUUGUAAAAGAAACCAAGAGUUGUCUUCAAAUGCACACAGGACUAAAGGACAGCUUCUGGAUGUGAAGGCGAUGAUGGACACCUGGACACUGCAGAAGGGUUUCCCUUCUGUCAUGGUGAGGGGAAAGAAUGUCCAUGUACAGCAGGAGCGCUAUGUGGUGGGAGUGGAUUCUUCAUCUGCAGGGUACUUGUGGCACAUUCCACUGACUUACAUCACCAGUAAAUUGGACACUGUGCAGAGAUUCCUGAUGACAACUAAAGCAGAUGUCAUUAUCCUUCCAGAAGAGGUGGAGUGGGUGAAAUUCAAUGUGGACAUGAAUGGGUAUUACAUUGUGAACUAUGAAGAUGAUGGAUGGGAUCGUCUAAUUAAUCUUUUGAAGGAGAACCACACCGUGAUUAGCAGCAGUGACAGAGCAAGUCUUGUUAACAACAUAUUCCAGCUUGUCAGAAUAAAAAACCUGUCCAUUUCCAAGGCUUUGGAGUUAACUUUAUACCUGAAACACGAGAGACAAGUCAUGCCAGUACUGCAGGGUCUGAAUGAGCUGAUUCCUGUUUACUGGCUCAUGGAGAAGAGGGAUGUGGACGGUACAGAAAAGCAAUUGCAGGAGUACAUUGUCAGCCUGUUUAAAGGCCUGAUCGACAGGCAGGCAUGGAGUGACGAAGGCUCGGUGUCUGAGAGGCUGCUCAGGCACUCACUCCUGCUGUUCUCGUGCCUGCACAGGUAUCAGCCAUGUGUGGACAAAGCCGAGGGAUAUUUUAUGCAAUGGCGGAAAUCCAACGGAACCUUGAGGUUGCCAGCAGAUGUGAAGGCCGCAGUAUAUGCUGUGGGAGCACAAACGUCUGAUGGCUGGGAUUUCCUCCUCCCUGCGUACAGUCUGCAUGCAUUCAGCUUGGACAGGGAGGACAUCAAGUUAGCCCUCAGCCUCGGUAGGAGUGAGGACACACUCUGGUGGUUAAUGGAUCAAGGUCUGCAUGGUGACACCAUAAGAACUCAAGAUCUUCCACUUGUUAUUGUAUCUGUUGCCAAAAAUCCAUGUGGCCAUCGUUUAUCUUGGACGUUUUUAAAAGAAAAUUGGGAAAAACUUGUAGAAAAAUUUGAACUUGGAUCAAAUACCAUAGCAAGCAUUGUGACUGGAGUGACAAGUCAGUACUCAACGAGGUCACAGCUUGCACAGGUGAAAGAAUUCUUCAGUUCUCUGGAGAAGAAGAGUGCACAGCUGUGCUGUGUCCACCAAGCCAUUGAAACCAUCAAAGACAACAUAGAGUGGAUGAAUGGGAACUUAGAGAAAAUCAAAACGUGGCUGCAAAACAACCACCAGUAAACCAGGGCACCGGCCUCUGUUUGUGAAAUAGAAAAGCACUGACAAGCUGUGAAGAUUCAGGGCUGAAGGGACAACUUGGUUGUGUAAUGAAGAACUGGCAACAAGUUGCCCCAAGGAGAGAAAAUAUCAGUACUGUGCUCAGAAGGGACAGUCAGGUAGGAGAGCAAGGUUGAAGUCUUGGAGAUAGGUUUGGGUUUUUUUUCACUAUUCUGUUGUGAAUGACCUCUGUUUACCUGCAGAAAACUUAUUUCCCUACUUAUUCAAGGUGUGAAUGUUGGGGUUGUCCUUUGCAGGGACAGGAGCUGAACUUGAUGAUCCAUGUGGGUCCCUUCCCACUCAGGAUAGGAUUCUAUGAUAAAGAAAAACAAUCCAGCUAAUUAUUGUAUGUGCUUAAAAACACUGUAUCCCUUUGCUCUUACACUCCCUGCCCCUGACGUUAUUCCAUGGUCCGUUAAACCAGGAGUUUAUCUCCUCCCUGGUUCUGCCGUGUCUCUUUAGCCUGGAGAAGAGGAGGCUGAGGUGACCUUGUCACUGUCUACGGCUCCUGGAAAGGAGUUUGUGGUGAGGUGGGUGCUGGUCACUUCUCCCAGAUGAAAGGUGAUAGCAUGAGAGGGAAUGGACUCAAGUUGAGCUGGAGCAGGUUCAGAUUGGACAUAAGGAAAAAUGUCCACCAAAAGGGUUCUCAGGCCCUGACAGAGGAGCCCAGGGAGGUAGUGGAGUCUCCAUCUCUGGAGGGGUUUAACAGACAGGCAGAUGAGGUGCUCAGGGAUGUGGUUUAGUGGUGGACAGGUAUGGUUGGGCUUGAUGAUCUCACAGGCUUUUUGCAACCUAGUGAUUCUUUGAUUCUAUAAUAGUUUCCUCACUGCAACCUGGAACAGCCAUAAGCUUUGACACAGAUGCAGACUUAAGGGAAAAAAAUACACCAUGUGGAACUCACCACAAGCUUCUGACUACGUCUUACUUGCUCUUCUCACAACUGAUGAGAGGAAAUGGCCUCAAGUUGCACCAAGGGAGGUUUAAAUGGGGUAUUGGGGAAAAAUGUCCUCAGUGGCAGAAUGGGGAAGCCCUGGCAGAAGCUGCCCAGGUUAGGAGUGGAUUCCCCAUCCCUGGAGGGGUUCACAAAGCGUGUGGCCAUGGCACCUGGGGACAAGGUUUAGCAGAGGUGGAGGUGCUGGGCUGGCGGUGGCGCUGGAUGAGCUUAAAGGCCUUUUCCACGCUCGAUUUCAUUAUUCUUUAUGAACUAGAAAUUACAAAAUCGGAGUUCAGGAGGACAGUGGGAUCUGAUGUUGAGGGCAAAAGUUUCCAUCCAACUGGUGCAGAAAACAGCGCUUCCUUUUGCUCGCUGCUUCCUGCUCUGUAUGAGGCACCUGGUACCUCUUAACUCGUCACAGGAAAUGGGAAUUCUGAGUGAGCUGUGCAUCACCUGUACACUUUCUGCUAAUUGCCCACUGUCACUUGCUUUAUGAUGAUUUCAGAGCUGAGAGGGCAGUUUAACAAAAAAUAAAGUUUGUUUCCGUGAUUCCAGAUGAGGGACUGGGUUCAUUUUGCACACUCAUUUCUGCUGCCGCUGCAAGCCAGCAUUUACGCUGCUGGUUUCUGCUUUCACUGCUUCACCUUCAGUUUCUGAACUUUGGGAAAAAUGAAGCCAUAUUCCUGGUGCACCACAGACUCCUUCCUUCCCCCUCUCCCUGUUUUUUCAACUGAGGAAGCAUCCAUCAGUCUGUGCGCAUCCCAGCAUUGCACAGCCCUCUCUACCAGACACUGUGGAUGACACUGAUUGACCUGAGCAAGCCCAUGCCCAUCAGCAUCCCGGACUUUGGUGGGCUGUGUGCUCAUGACAUCAGAAGGACACGAGGCUGAGCUGCAUAUCCACAGGGUCUGGAGAGAAAGUGAGCAGGUCCUGAGAUGCUGGGCAGGACUCAUGCACACCAGUCCAAUACCAUGUUUCUCCCCUCGCCUGGGAAUGGCCACCAUUCACCUGCAAACAGCACGUCUCCACAACAGUUUCGAUGGGAAUUUUUAACCAAAAUAAUAGCCUCAUUUCUGAAAACCCUUGUGCUUACACAUGAAUCCUUCAUCUGUUUCCCGGCACCAUGGGAGUUGACCAGUUAAAGAUGGUCCCAGGAACCUGCAAUCCAGCUUUGAAAACCAAAGAAAUGAAAAGCAAACUUCAGCUGGAUCGUGAUCUGGUGGUAAGCACCAUCAUGGAGCAUUGCUGAUGGUAUUUCAGUGGCAUUCCAGAACGGAGAGGGGCUCCAGUAAAAGCUGGAGAAGGGCUCUUGAUCAGGGAGUGUGGGGACAGGAUGAGGGGGAACCGUUUUCAGCUGAGAGAGGAGAGAUUGAGAUCAUGGGAAGAAAUGUGAGGGUGGGAGGCCCUGGCAGGCUGCCCAGAGAAGUGGUGGCUGCCCCAUCCCUAGAGGUGUUCAAGGCCAGGUUGGAUGCAGCUUUGAGCCCCUGAUGCAGUGGCAGGUGUCCCUGCUGACAGCACCGGUUGGAACUGGAUGGGCUUUGCGGUCCCUUACAACCCGAACUAUCCUGUGGUUCUGUGACUCUGUAAUUUUUCAGUGUCCUUUUAAACCCGUGGUGUUCAGUUUCAGUGUGACAGAGUUUGUAUCAUUAUUUCUGGAGUUUCUUUUCCCUUUCGGUUCCUGUUCAGAUCUCAGCAGCAAUAAAUGAAGUGCCAGGAAUGUCACAAGGCAAUCUUAAAAACUUUAUUAGUGUGACAGGUUCUCAGUACAGACUGCGGAGAACAGUCACAAGUGUGAAUAUCCCCAACUGAAAUCUCCAGGCAGCCUCUCUGCAGUGCCACAUGCCAGAGUCGGAUUUCAGAGUCGGCACAAGUGCUUCCUCUGCAAGCCAAUAGUGAAGCGAUGCUGGUGCCAGGAUGUGCCAGGAGAUGGUCAACAAGUUAUGGAGAGGGAGGGAAACACCCUGAGGCACGUGGACCCCAGGAGAGGCGCCUGUUCCUGCCUGUUCUCUGGUGGAGCAGGAGAACACAGCAUUGUUCCUUGCAGCAUCACCUUCUGCCUUGUUUCUGCAUUCCCUUCUGGAGUGCAAGGAGCAGAAUCAAGGACUAGAAACAGUGCAAAAUACCCCAAAGACCCGUCUGCCUGUUGACCUGAACUUCUUUUUGAUCUCUGCUAAGGCUCAUGCACCUUCUUGAUUUCCUCUUCCUGAUGGCAAUGGUGUUAUUGCCACCCUUGGAUUUGUCUUUGUUCGGUCCAGGAGACUCCAGAAAUUACGAGAUAACAGUACAGAUGCGAGUGGAAAUAAAAAAAAAAAUCCUUAUUUGGUGUGUUUUGUUUUUUUAACUACAAUUAAGGCAGCAUCCAAAAUACCUGUUUCAUUGCUAGAUGUGCUUGAUGAAGCGGCAAUCCCCAGUUCCUCAGGCUUUAACCACCCACAGCUUACCUACAGCUCCCACCCAUAGCUCACCUACAGCUUCCAACUGGGAAUCACCACGCAGCCAGGUGAGGUGGGCUGAGGGUAACUGAAGCAUGCGAUAUUCCAGAACACUUUAAUGCAUUUGCUGCAACAUUUAAAAUGCAAGCGCAUACGAAAUCUUCUGAGAUUUACAGGCACUAUGUGGAGAUUAUGUGCAAAAGUCUGCGGAAUUUCUCUUUGGCAUUGCUAUUCAUUUAGGAAAUACAUUUCUUGCGAAUAUAAAGCACACUUUCCCUCUGAAAACUGAAGAAAAUUACAAAAAAAAAGUCGAAAUACAUGAGUAUAAUAAAAGGAAGAGCUAGGGGAAAAAAACCAAAACCACCUUAGUCUGCUAGGGGAAAAAAGGAAACAC